UCCUGCCGUCCUGCGCCGAAAAAGUCCGAAACGCACGGGGCACGGCGCCAUCGCCCCCUCUCCCCUCCCUGGCUCCCUCUCGUUUCGUCUCGGCUCCUCCCCUCCCUUCCCCUGCCCCAGACAAAUCCAAUCCGGAACCGACGCCCCCCCUCGCUUCGCCGGCGAGAGGAGAGACGAGCGACGCCGCGCUCGCGUCCGCCUCUCCCGCGCCGACCACUUCCCGCAGGCGGAGACGGGCGGGCGGUCAUCCCGCGCCCGACGCCGGUAUGCAGAGCCAGAUCGUGUGCCACGCGUGCCGGACCGUUCUGCUCUACCCGCGGGGGGCGCCCAGCGUCUGCUGCGCGGUGUGCCAGGCCGUCACCACCGUGCCGCCACCAGUGAGAUGCAGGGUUUCACGUUGUCUGGUAGGUGUUGUGAGAGGAUCUGUUUACUUUAGCAACACACAUGAACGGGUUGGACAAGAAUUUACAUGGCUAGAGAUGGCUCAGCUUAUAUGUGGUGGUUGUCGAACUUUGCUGAUGUAUACUCGAAGUGCAGAUACUGUAAGGUGUUCAUGUUGCAAUACAGUCAAUCUUGUUAGACCAGUGAAUAAUAUAGCUCAUGUUAACUGCGGCCACUGCCAGACAACUUUGAUGUAUCCAUAUGGAGCACAUUCAGUAAAAUGUGCCAUAUGCAAUCAUAUCACUACUACCGGAGUAAAUACGGUGGCACCCACACCAUCUGCAAGGCCAGCAUCUAAUGGAUCUGCAUAUAGUACCUCAUCUACUUCUGUUCCUAAAUCUCAGCCCCAGAAUGUAACUGUUGUUGUUGAGAAUCCUAUGACAGUUGAUGAUAAAGGAAAACUAGUGAGCAACGUUGUAGUUGGAGUCACAACUGGGAAAAACUGAUGUGCUAUCUCCAUCAUUGUUGUGUGUUCUAAUCAGAAACUAGGAAAUACUGUGUGUCACAGUGCUAUCGAAUGGCUGGUUGCAUACUUGCAUGGUCGUCCUUGAACAAAGAUGCACCAGAUGUUUCUGGGAUCUUGCAAGGAAACCAUGAAGGUCAAAAGCUGUGUUUUGAAUCUAUCGAUUCUUUUGUGUGUAUAAGAGCUCCGUUAGACUUCAGUGUGUGAUAGUAUAGUUAUGCAAUACACAUGCAUUUGUACACACUUUGUAGUUUGUGCUGGUGUUCAUAGUUUUUUGCUGGUAUACAUGCACUUGUAAAGAUAAAAAGCUGUAAUAAGGGUAUCUUCAACAAAUUACUCGUACCGUACCAAAAUAUACUUCAUCCCAAA